UCCGCUAGGGGCGGGUGCUGUUUGCGGCAGACGGCCAGCGGCGUCGGCGGCGGGGCGCGUGGCGGAGCGUGGUUGCUAGGGACACCUGAGGUCGCCCGCUCGCCCAGCAGGCGCAGCGAGGAAGCAGCGCGGAGCUCGUGCCAAGCCGCGGUGAAGCCGGGUACCCUAGCGCCUGUUGAUUUGACCAAUCUGCAGUGAUCUGGAGGACCCUUUGAGAAGAUGCCAUCCGAUCCUAUGCUUUCAUUUGAAUACUGCAGCUGUGAGGCCCAGCACUGACAGAGACUAAUUGCUGAGUACUGAAUGUGAUGAGCUGCCGACCAGAGCUCUGCUGGGCAGGAGCUCCUGGGAGGUGGUGCUGCUAAUGCAGUGUGGCUGGGAAGAGGAGUACCCUGGAGACUCUUGGAAAACUUCGCACAAGCUGACGGAUACAAGGAUGCAGCUGGUGCUAGAGGUGUGUGGCAACUUACCUGAACCAGGCCAUGAGGCCAUGUUGCUAUGAUGUGGGCCCCUCAUGGCCUCAGCAGGAACAGAACACUACAAUAUUGGCCUGCGCCGAGGAAACAGCUUCAGGCAGAGACGUCCCUCAGGCACAGUGUCUGCUUCACCACCUGAGAAACCCUCAGAGGUCAAAGUCUGGUCUCAGGCCCAUCAGCAGGUGAAGCCAAUCUGGAAGCUGGAAAGGAAGCACGUAGGCACACUGUCAGCAGGGCUGGGCACCAGUCUCUUGGGAGUCCCACCCCAGCCAGCCUAUUUCUUUUGCCCUAGCACUUUAUGUAGCUCUGGGACCACAGCUGUCAUUGCAGGUCACAGCAGUCCCUGUUACCUGCAGUCUCUCCCUGACUUGUUCAGCAAUACUCUGCUGUACCGCCGCACCAACGUGAGGCAAAAACCGUACCAGCAACUGGAAUCUUUCUGCGUGCGUUCCAGACCAUCAGAGAAAAGAUCGUUUUUUCUCCCCCAGAAGGGUCUCCCUGUCAGUGUCACUGCCAAUAAAGCCACCUCUUCUACAGUCUUCCCCAUGGCCCAGCCCAUGGCGUCUUCACCCACUGAUCCAUACCUCUCACUGGCAGCAGCUGGGGAAAAUCCUUCAAGGAAGAGCUUGUCCUCAGCCAUCUCAGGGAAGAUUGCAUCUCCUCCAUUGUCCUACAAGCCCAUGCUGAACAACAACUCCUUCAUGAGGCCAAAUAGCACUAAAGUGCCCUUAUCACAAGCCACAGAUGGCCUGAAGCCAGUAUCCUCACCCAAGAUCCAACCUGUCUCCUGGCAUCAUUCAGGGGGUACUGGAGACUGUGUACCCCAGCCUGGUGACCAUAAGGGGCCCCAAAGCAUUGGCACUGUCUUAAAUGAUGCCACUGCCCCUACCACCCUAUCUACCCCUAGUACCCUCAACAUAUCCACAGCCAGUGUUACCUCUUCCCAGUGCAGUCAAAGUAACUUUAGGAUGGAGGCACAUCCCUGUGGCCUGGAUGAGAACUUGGAUUCCCAGAGCACUGCUAAAGAGGUACACUUCACUGAGGCUGUGAGGAAGUUGACUGCAAAAGGCUUUGAGAAGAUGCCACGGCAAGGCUACCAGUUUGAACAGGCUUGUUUUGUGAACCCCAGCUUCCAGUGGGGUCUUCUCAACAGAAGCAGGCGAUGGAAACCUCUGAUGGGCCAGCGGUUUCCUCAGGAGGACGUUGGAUUAGACAGUGGGAUCCUUCCUGGUGCCUCAGACACCUUGGGAUUGGACAGUACAGUCUUUUGUACCAAAAGGAUCAGCAUUCACCUCCUUGCCUCGCAUGUUCAUGGGCUCAACCCCAGCCCUACCUGUGGGUCUGUAAGUGACCCCCAAUUACUUGGAGAAGACCGAGCUCCUGUUCCCCCUUCUUCCCUCCAGCCUCUAGGUGUAGCUGAAGUGGCCACUCGCCUUUCUUCUGUCCAUCUUGGCCAGCCUGGGAAGGAACCUGAGGAAGCCAAGGAGCUGAGCUCAUGUGCUGGAGAUAGCUGUUCAGCUACUGACCUCCGGCCAAACCAGGUGGAGCCUGAAGAUACAGAAGAAGAACUAGGUUUGGAAGAUAGCUGCAGCCAUGAUGAAAAUGAAGAAGAGGAGGGAGACUCAGAGUGCUCUUCCUUAAGUAUCGUCUCCCCCAGUGAGUCGGUGGCAAUAAUAUCUCGGAGCUGUGUGAAUUUAAUGUCCAAAUCCCUUCCCAAUCAUGAGAAGGUUGUGCGACCAGCCCUCAUCUACAGUCUCUUCCCCAAUGUGUCCCCUACCAUCUAUUUUGGAACUCGGGAUGAAAGAGUGGAGAAACUUCCCUGGGAACAGAGGAAGCUGCUCCGGUGGAAGAUGAGUACAGUGACUCCUAACAUUGUCAAGCAGACCAUUGGACGGUCGCACUUCAAGAUCAGUAAGAGGAAUGAUGACUGGCUGGGCUGCUGGGGUCACCACAUGAAGUCUCCUGGUUUUCGAUCCAUUAAAGAGCAUCAGAAGCUAAACCACUUUCCAGGCUCCUUCCAGAUUGGGAGGAAGGACCGGCUGUGGCGGAACCUGUCUCGCAUGCAGAGCCGUUUUGGCAAGAAAGAGUUCAGUUUUUUCCCCCAGUCCUUUAUCCUGCCCCAGGAUGCCAAGCUCCUGCGCAAAGCAUGGGAGAGCAGCAGCCGCCAGAAGUGGAUUGUAAAGCCACCAGCAUCUGCUCGAGGCAUUGGCAUUCAGGUCAUUCACAAAUGGAGUCAGCUCCCCAAGCGCAGGCCCCUCCUGGUACAGAGGUAUCUACACAAGCCCUACCUCAUUAGUGGCAGCAAAUUUGAUCUUCGGAUCUAUGUUUACGUUACUUCUUAUGAUCCUCUACGGAUUUACCUCUUUUCGGAUGGACUCGUCCGCUUUGCCAGUUGCAAGUAUUCCCCUUCCAUGAAGAGUCUUAGCAACAAGUUCAUGCACCUGACCAACUACAGUGUCAAUAAAAAGAAUGCGGAGUACCAGGCCAAUGCUGAUGAGACAGCCUGCCAGGGCCACAAAUGGGCACUAAAAGCUUUGUGGAAUUAUCUGAGCCAGAAGGGAAUUAAUAGUGAUGCCAUCUGGGAGAAGAUAAAGGAUGUUGUUGUCAAAACCAUCAUCUCGUCAGAGCCCUACGUGACCAACCUACUGAAGUUGUAUGUGCGACGCCCCUACAGCUGUCAUGAACUCUUUGGUUUUGACAUCAUGCUUGAUGAAAACCUAAAACCCUGGGUCCUCGAAGUCAACAUUUCGCCAAGCCUCCACUCCAAUUCUCCCCUGGACAUCAGCAUCAAGGGCCAGAUGAUCCGAGAUCUCCUGAACCUGGCAGGCUUUGUUCUGCCCAACAUGGAGGAUAUCCUCUCCAGUUCCAGCAGCCCCAGCAGCUCCAGUGGCUCUAGCACAAGCCUGCCAAGCUCUCCUAGGGAUAAAUGUCAAAUGACUCCAGAGCAUUUUACUGCACAGAAGAUGAAGAAAGCAUAUUACCUGACCCAGAAGAUUCCUGACCAGGACUUCUAUGCGUCUGUGCUGGAUGUCUUGACACCAGAUGAUGUUCGGGUUCUGGUUGAGAUGGAAGAUGAGUUUUCUCGUCGUGGUCAAUUUGAAAGAAUUUUUCCUUCUCGAAUCUCUUCUCGUUAUCUUCGUUUUUUUGAGCAGCCACGAUAUUUCAACAUUCUCACCACUCAGUGGGAACAGAAAUACCAUGGAAACAAGAUUAAAGGAGUAGAUCUGCUCCGGACUUGGUGCUACAAAGGCUUCCACACGGGGAUCGUCUCUGACUCAGCUCCACUGUGGUCUCUGCCAACAUCACUCAUGACUGCCUCAAAGGGUGAUGGGGCAUCCAGUGCCAGCAGCAAAUCAGAACGCAUCAAGUCAAGAAAGCAAAGCUGCUCUGACGGAAACAUGUCAUCUUCUGAAGAUGGGACAACAUCUAAGCCCAAGAAGAGUCAAGCUGGCCUUUCCCGCAUAUCCAGGAAGACUUCAUCCUCAAAGAGCAAUGAGGGCACCAGCAAACAGCCCAACCACUCUACCCAGGUGUUACCUGUACUCAAGUACUCUGGGCAGAAUUCCAGACUUUCUGCUUCCUCUACUUCCCAGUCAGCCAGUGACUCCCUCCUGACUGCUGUGAGCCCAUGAUUGGUCUCCUGAGUGGGAGCACUCAGCUACCUCAAGGGAACCGACCUGCUGACCAGCCUGAGCCUCUCUCCCCCUCCAUUUUGCCCCUCAUCAGAGUAUUUUUUGAAGUGGUUCUAUUGUAGAUAUGGGCAUCUGGAGGGCUGGAGGGGUAGUGGUGAUGGGGAGAAGGUGAAGAAGGUUCACCCUCUGUCACCUCACUUCCUGCCUGGCACCUCAUAUUUCAGUAGAGAUGCCAGUGAUGGCCAAGCAGCCUUAUAAAGCAGGGUUUGGUUUCUACUCUGAGAGCCAUGUGUGAUUUAUUUGAGGCCCUUGUGCAGGGCUUGAGUGUUGCUCACGAGGAGAAAACGUGCUAAACAGAAGUCUCUUGUUCUGUAAUUGAGAGGGAUUCCUUGAAGGUCUUGAUUUCCUUAGGUCUUUUGGUCCCUACACAUCUUUGUCUUGAAGAGCCAUUUUUAGAAACUCCCAGUCUUCAAAGACAAGCAGGGGAAACCAUGACAGGCUGCACCCAUUUCCUGGCAUUCUGGUCUUGGGGUGACCUCCAUAACAUAUCUCCAGUUAAGGUUCCACCCAGUCAGUAGCCCUCUAUCUUCAGCAACUCUCACGGGGCUCCAGAGAAGGAGCCUAGAUGAUUUCAGUCAUGAUUAUGUAGAGGAGGGUGGAACGAGCUGUUUUCUUCUCAACACAGCAAGUCUUCUAGUCAGUAUUGCUUUGAGCAGGGUUUGGUGCCUUCGCAGGCAGGUUUUAGCACAAUCAUUUUUUUGGACAGACUUCUCAUCUCUGACAGUUAAUAUUCAGCUAAAUCUACCUCCCUUAUGGACUCAGUAAACACUGAGCACUGAAUAAACACUGCCUGAGUGAACUGUGCAUACAGCUCUCCAAGGACACUGGCCUCUGAGCCAGAAGCACUACUGUUCUCCUCACUGCGGGCAGGUAGAGCCCAAGGUGGGAAGAGUUUCACUAAACUAUGGUCUUCCUUAGCCUAGCACUCCUCCUCCCUGGGACCUACAGUCUCUAGUUUUUCUAGCAGUGGAGCACAUAAGAAGCCAAUUGGCCUCAUGUCUGCCCUUUGCACACCAGGUUAGAAGCCCAUCAACUCAGUCUCACCCUGAUCUAAUACUCACUCUUUUGAGUUUGGGAAAGAGGAAAACUUCUUUCUUUAUGGGUCCUGGAGUCCUGUAGACAAUUGGCACGGAACCUGGGAAGAUAAGGUACCUGACUGGGUUCAUGGUUACAGAGGAGGUGAAAGUGUGUUGACAGUUGUGAAGAGAGCUGGAUAGCAAAGUCCUCAGCAGUACUUUCUGUUCAAUGAUAAAGACUGCAAAAUCAGUCCACAGUGGGAGGGAGAGUUCUGGAAAGUCUGAUAUCAGUAGCCAACACCCUCUUGUCCUCCUGGUUACAGUAUUCUGGUGUACACGUGCAAAGAGAAAGCAGGCCUCCACUCAGCAGCACUGUGCCUAAUGCACGUCUCUGGGCAGAGGCCUGAUUGAACCAGUUUAUUCCUAGAAAGUGAACUUUCCUCGGUUCCCAUUAGCAUCAGUGUCCAACCCCACAACUGCAUAGAAGGACCAGCAUUGCAGCAGACUGGGGUCCACCAGGGGGAGGGACUUGGGGACCCCCUGAUGAGACAGCAGUACACUGGCAGUUUCUGUUUUGUGUUCUGAGGAAUGGCCUCACUUUGUGACCCAGGCUUGCCUCACAAAUGCUAGGAUAGUCUGUGCAUUGUUGUUCCCAGCCACACACUGUAUUGAAUCUUUCUUACAUUUGAAGGUCUAUGGUCUGUUUUGCUAGUGGGAGAAAAAGUGGGGUUUAUGUAUCGCCUUACCUUUCAUUCUCAAGAGAGUAAAAUCUUGGUAAAUUAUUUCACUGCGUAUUUUAGCACUGACUAGUUAACAAUAGAAUUCAGUUGAAUUGAGGGAGUUUUAAAAAGUACUAGUUUUUGAGAGUUUUAAAUUUGGAAGUGUAGUUGAAAACGUCAGAAUUAUCAGAAUGCAUCAGUUGUUUUCCCAAGUUCAGAACUCACCCAGCCUCUGGAAGAACAGAAGCAAAUGCUCCUGAGUAAGGAAUGAAAUAGUCUUUUUUUACUGCAGUGUGAAUGUGAGACCUACCCUGCAGGGCUGUGAAAAAUCCAAGCAAACAAAAGGACCGAGAAUUAUUCUGUGCAAGAAAUGUAAAAAUCUCCCCUUGAAAUGGCAUGGUGGCUCACGCCUUUAAUCUCAGCACAUUGGAAGCAAAGGCAGACCAGCAAAGCUCUUCCUUGAAGGAAGGGGCACAGCUACAGAGAGAUCCUAGAAGAGACCCUCACUGCUCUUCACCUAGUGCUCAUCAAAGCAGUUUUCAUCGUCACUCCCAUGGGAAUCUCUUGGCCGGUUUAAUCUUUACAGCAUGCAAGUGUCCCAGGGAGGGGAACAUUAAGCAUCCUGAAUAUGUGUGUGAAUUGGUAAUUUGGUUAUCCCAAGCACCUUGACUGACAAAGAAUAAUAAGAGUGAGUGAGUACCUAGUGUCUAAGACAAACAGCACAGAAGAUUCUGAGUCAAGUAGGACCCAGAGGAUUGCUGCGUGGACCUAGCAACGGUGUCGGGAUGGUGUCACUUCAGGUCCAUUCUCAGGAAAGUGACUUCCCAUCACCAUAGCCAAAGAACAUUCGGUGGUUACUGCGGCAGCUCAGCACUGCUGAUUAAAGGUUAAUCCACACACAGCGGUUUCCAAGUCCUGCAGCAGAAUUCGUUAUCUGGAAUAAGGUGAUGAGCGCUGCUAGGGAGCGUCCCCUGUUGGCUUCUUGUUAGUGCUGAAGGCUCCCUCUGAUUACUGCUCGUCUUUAGUUUGCUUUGGGCCUGGAAACAGUGACUUUCAGAGAGCUGUAUUUUGUCACUUGGGAUUUUGAUCUAGCCUCUCCAGCAACGCCUAGCCUUGAACAUUCCUCUAAUACCUGGGGACCUGUGUGGACUCAUUGGACCUCCUUCCGUCAGCUUAAGAUAGUGGGAGUAGCAAACAGUCUGGAGGUCGGUCUUAGUGGGUUUCUUAUGGAGAGAUCACAGCAGGGUCUGCAGCAGUGUGGCAUUCUAAGACCCAUUUGUGCCUUAGCCAGCAGAUGUGCAGAGAUUGGGAAUACCACCAGAGUCAACAUUUGAAAUGUCUAUCUUCUGAAUUUCAGUUUAGUUACAGGUAUAUCAAUCUCUUGGAUGUAGUUAUGGGGAUUAAAUUGGGUAUAAGACAUCUAAAGAAAAAAUGCCUCACAUUGUAGAUUUCAAAUGAAUCCUAAAAUAGCAAUGGUCAUCAAGCCAUAUCCUUCUUGGAGUUGCAGCAACAGUACCAGGGGUUUCAGGGCAGAGCUGUGACAGCUUAGCAAAUGUUCUCAGGCCUGUGGAGGCUGUGUCCGACAGCCGGUGCUUCUAAACAGUACAACUGUUCAACAUUCGCAUUGUAUUGAGUAUGAUAAUCUAGACAUUUGAAGUCCACCAGAGAUGUGCGCAGGUUAAAUGUGGCAAAUGGUACUCGUUUUCCUAAGGGACUGAAACAUCUGUGUGCUUUGAUACUGGGAGCUCCUAGAACCAACCCCCACAUGGACUGGAGAACUCGCUUUGACCGAGAUAAUUAGCUUGAAAGUUUAGAGCCCUAUAAGCUGCCAGGUAAUAAAAACAAGAAAAAUUACACUAAUAGGCUCAAAUACUGAAAUGCCCCUGCCUGGAAGUGCAGUCAUCGGUAGAAAUGCCUGUAUUGUUGGCAAGGAUGCACAGGUUCAUUGAUUGCCAGCUUGGUUGUUUAGAAAGAACAGCCCAUGUGGUCAGAAAAGAAUAGAUGAGCAUCUGUCAAUAUAUAGAGUUUAGACAUAAGAGGAAAAAAUGGGACCCGUGAAAGAAGUCAGAAACGUGUACGUGCUUCCUGACUCCAUUCUAGAAACGGAGGUGGGCAUCAUAGACGGCAGGGACUGCCUGGGGACUGCCUAGUUAUGACUGAGGGGUUGGGGGUUGUAGAGCGCUACAUUGGGAUAUUCUUUGUCUUGAUUCUGGUUGUCAUCACUUUAUAUAGUUGGCAGACAUCAAAAUUGAAAUGAGUAUAUACAUAAGUAAAUAAAGCUGAUAUUCUUUCCUUUUAAAUUUUUUUUCUUAUUUUUCAGUGCUGCAUAUCUAACCCAAGGUCUCAGACAGUGCUAGACAAGUGGUCUACUGCUGAACCAUACUCCCUGGCCCAAAGCUGGCUAAGAAACAGCGCACAUGUGCGUACUCACACACACACACACACACCACACACUCCCAUUUCAUGAGGUAUAGACAUUAAAACCAUGGUCACAAGGAAGUAACAGUAGCUAAGAUUGAAAGGGAGAGCUGUGACCAGCUGGAGUGGGUAAAGCCAUUGCAACUUGAAUAUGUGACAUGUGUGAGCAUAAGAUGUUGAUCACAACUAAAUCCCUGAAGUAAUUUAUAAAGACAGUAUAUCUACCUGUGACCCAAAGCGACAUAGGAAGACAUAAUAUAUACAGUUAACUGAAACUUGGAGGGGAACUCAGCCGUGGGUGCCGAAAGCAGCAGUGGUUACCUUUAUAACAAUGGUAAAGAAGGAACCUUGUGGGUUGAUAACAAUGCUACCUACAACAUGGGUUUUGGUUUUGUGGAUGGCGUGCUUGCUCAAACUUACUGAGUUGUGUAUGUAAGACCUGUGCAUCUGUAAACAGCAUUUUAUAAAAUGAAAUUGAUGUGUUAAAGUUUAGCAUUUUAAGUGUACAUUUCAGUAGUAUUCAUAAUAUUGGACAACUUUCACUUCCCCUGGUUCUAGAAUAUUUUUCUACUUGAAACAAACUGUGCUCCUCCUUCACCCCCCUUUCUCCCUGCCCAUAGUAAUCACCAACCUUCUCGUGUAGGUUCACCAUUCUGGAUGUUUUACAUGAAUAGAAUUGUGAUCUUUUGUAUCUGGCUUAUCUGACUUAGCAUGAGUUCAACGUUCACUUUGUCAAGCAAGGCAACACUUCAUUCCUUCUAUUACUAGUUUAUUUGUGUUAGGAAAUGAUGGGUUUUGUUAUGACAUUUUCAUCAUAUGUAUUUAUCUCCCAUGGCCCUCUUCCCCUUCUGGUCUCUUUCCUCUUCACUGACAGUUGCUGUAUGUUUGUGUGUGUGCUUUGAAUAAAGACUACACUGAGUGGGCUGGAGAGAUGGCUCAGUGGUUAAGAGCAUUGCCUGCUCUUCCAAAGGUCCUGAGUUCAAUUCCCAGCAACCACAUGGUGGCUCACAACCAUCUGUAAUGAGGUCUGGUGGCCUCUUCUGGCCUGCAGGCAUACACACAGACAGAAUAUUGUAUACAUAAUAAAUAAAUAAUUAAAAAAAAAGACUACACUGAGUGAGAAUGCGGUGUUUGCGGAAAGGGUUUAUUUUUUUAAGGAAAAAAUACAUUUAUUUAAUUUGUGUGUUUAUACAUAAAGUGCAGAUGCCUUCAGAGGCCUGAGAGGUUGGAUUCCUUUGGAGCUGGAAUUACAGGCAGUUCUGAGCCACCUGAUGUGGGACUCGGGACCAGCUUGGGUUCUCUGCAACAGUUUUUAACCGCUGGGCUAGCCUUGAGUUUGAAGCAAUCCUCCUGGCUUAAUAAGUACUAGAAUUACAGGUGUGUGCCACACCCAGCUUUGAUUUUGUUUAACAUCAUGGUCUCCUGGUCCAUCCAUUUUCCUGCAGAUGCCGACACAGGUCUAUUUUGUGUGGAUGAGUAACAUGCCAUUGUGUGUCUGCUGAUGGGCUAGUCUGGCUGCGGUGACUGGCUCCGCUGUAAUCCUCAGGAUUCCUGUGGGUGUCUCCCCAGGAGGAGUAUAGUUAGGUAGUUCUGCGUUCGCUGAGGAAACGUCAGACUUCUUUCCAUAGUGACUGCACUUCAUAAAUCCUCCCCACAGCGUGUCAUGCUCCUCUUCCUCCACAUUUUCAAUGGCACUUGUUGUCUUCUGACAGCCAGGCUGAGUGGGUGAAAUGCAGUCUCAUCAUAGUUUUUAAAUUUGUAUUUCUCUGAUGGUUAAGAAUGUUGAACAGUGUUUUUAUGUAUUUAUUGGCCAUUAGUAAUUUUUUAAAUUAAGUGUUAAUGCAACUAUUUGUAAUUAUUUUUGAGAACUGUCUGUUCAGUUUAUUUGCCCAUUGAUUGGCUGAUUGGGGAUGUUGGUAUUUGAUUUUAAAAGUUCUUUUUGUAUUCUAGAUAUUAAUCUCAUCACAAGUAAAGUUGGCAGAGACCCCAUGCUCUAUGUACUUUAGUGUUAGGAAUUUUUUCUUCUAAAAAAAUUCAUUUAAACAUACCAGAAAGUAUAAAGAAAAUAAAAUUUACAUGAUUUAUCACCA